UUCGUGAUCAAAGUGCAUGCUGGGAAAAUUACCUCCAAACUCCUGGCCAAGAUGUCUGACAUGGAGGAUGAUUUCAUGUGCGACGAUGAAGAAGAUUAUGACCUGGAGUACUCUGAAGACAGCAAUUCUGAGCCUAAUGUGGAUCUGGAAAACCAGUAUUAUAACUCCAAAGCUUUGAAAGAAGAUGAUCCAAAGGCAGCGCUAAGCAGUUUUCAGAAGGUUUUGGAACUUGAAGGAGAAAAAGGAGAAUGGGGCUUCAAGGCACUGAAACAGAUGAUUAAAAUAAACUUCAAAUUAGGAAAUUAUCCUGAAAUGAUGAACAGGUACAAACAACUGUUGACAUACAUCCGCAGUGCAGUCACAAGGAAUUAUUCAGAGAAAUCGAUAAACUCUAUUCUUGACUACAUUUCUACUUCCAAACAGGCUGAGUUUGUUAAAGUGUGGAGAACAUCACAACUGAAAUAUGCUGCUCUGCAAUCUGUUUUUCCAUAUUCAUCCACACAACGAAAAAGGCGACGUGUCACAAGUGAAAAAUGUGUUCCUGUGAAGGAGCCUUGUGAGAUGGAUUUACUACAAGAAUUUUAUGAAACAACACUUGAAGCUCUAAAAGAUGCAAAAAACGACAGAUUGUGGUUUAAGACUAAUACAAAGCUUGGUAAAUUGUAUUUAGAACGUGAAGAAUUUGGAAAACUGCAAAAGAUUUUACGUCAGCUGCAUCAAUCUUGCCAGAACAAGAAAGUCCAGCCACUGAAGCAUUCCUCAGCAGCCAGACCUUCUAGUGAGACCGAUGAUGGUGAGGAUGACCUUAAAAAAGGGACUCAGCUUCUAGAAAUUUAUGCACUGGAAAUCCAGAUGUAUACAGCACAGAAGAACAACAAAAAAUUAAAAGCACUAUAUGAACAGUCAUUGCACAUCAAGUCUGCUAUCCCUCAUCCACUUAUCAUGGGAGUCAUUAGAGAAUGCGGAGGUAAAAUGCACUUAAGAGAGGGAGAGUUUGAAAAGGCGCACACAGAUUUUUUUGAAGCAUUUAAGAAUUAUGAUGAAUCAGGGAGUCCUAGACGAACCACUUGUUUAAAGUACUUGGUCCUUGCAAAUAUGCUUAUGAAGUCAGGGAUAAAUCCAUUUGACUCUCAGGAGGCUAAACCUUACAAAAAUGACCCAGAAAUUCUUGCAAUGACAAAUUUAGUAAGUGCCUACCAGAAUAACGAUAUAACAGAAUUUGAGAAGAUUUUGAAAACCAAUCACAGUAAUAUUAUGGAUGAUCCCUUCAUAAGGGAACACAUUGAAGAACUUUUGAGGAACAUCAGGACACAAGUGCUUAUAAAAUUAAUAAAGCCUUAUACUAGGAUACAUAUCCCCUUUAUUUCUAAGGAACUAAACAUAGAUGUAUCUGAUGUAGAGAGUUUACUGGUACAGUGCAUACUUGACAACACGAUCCAUGGACGGAUUGAUCAAGUCAAUCAGCUGCUGGAACUGGAUCAUCAAAAGAGAGGUGGAGCACGAUAUACUGCUUUAGACAAAUGGACCAACCAACUUAAUUCUCUGAAUCAAGCAAUAGUCAGCAAAUUGGCUUGAUUUCGGCUCAAAUUUUCUGUACAAACUACUAAAGGAAAUGAACAGUGCCGUAAUGGAAAAAAAUGAAGAACUGGGAAAAGCAAAACUUCUUUGGGUUGGUUUGCCCUGAAAACUUUCAGAGUUGUGGCAGAAGUGCUUUCUUGAUCAUCUGGUUUGUGUUUUGCUGCUGCAUUUAUCUGAAGAAAAACAGCUUUAAUCUCCAGAAGAAAACCAAACUGCCAUGGAAUUUAUGCUCAUUUGACAUCAUGCCCUUUGUAUACUAUAUUAUAAUAAUUUAUAGAGGGCAUAUGACAGAAAGUUUUUCGUCAUGAUUUUAAACGCACUGACUUGUUUUGUUAGGUGUACAUUGUUUUACCUACAAAAAUAACCUGCAAUAACUUGAAAUGUGUUUUCUUCUUGAAGUCUCCCUUGUAUAAACUGGCAUGUUUGAGACAUUUUGCAAAAUGUCUCGUAUGAAAUAUGUCCAUACUUUAUCUGCAGUGUACUAAAGGUUAAAAAGUUGUCCUUAAUUUGUGGUACUUUGCCACUCUAGGUUUCAAGCAGCAAAAUAAAAUGGUGCAGCUCAGUCA